AAGCCGCACACCGCUUGGCCUGUCAGUACCUGUCCCUUGCCUCCAGAGUCCCAUGAGCCAAAAGGACCCGAUAAGACUCUUUCUUCAGCUUGACGGCAUCCCUCACGACAGGCACCAACCACCUUGCGGCCACAGCUCCAAUUGACCGCCUCGACAAUAGUGUUACGUAACAUGGUCCACUUGGACUCAAUAUCCAGCGCCUCCCUCGUGACAUGUUCAAAGUUCUUCGGGAGGUGAGAAUUUAAACUCUGAGAGGAGACUUUACUAUACUUUCCCAGCAGACCCUCACAAUGCGUUUGGGCCUGCCAGGUCUGUCCGGCAUCCUCCCCCACACUCGGAGCCAACUCACCACCAGGUGGUGAUCGGUAGAAAGCUCUACCCUCUCUUCACCAGAGUGUCCAAAACAUGAGACCGCAAAUCAGAUGACACAACUACAAAGUGGAUCAUCAAGCUGCGGGUGUCCUGGUGCCAAGUGCACAUAUGGACACCCUUAUUUUUGAACAUUGUGUUUGUUAUGGACAAUCUGUGACCAGCACAAAAGUCCAAAAACAAAACACCUCUCGAGUUCAGAUCCGGGCGGCCAUUCUUCCCAAUCACGCUUCUCCAGGUUUCACUGUCGAUGCCAACAUAAACGUUGAAAUCACCCAGCAGAACAAGGGAAUCACCUGAGGGAGCACUCACCAGUACUCCCUCGAGAGAAUCCAAAAAGGGUUGGUACUCUGAGCUGCUGUUUGGUACGUAAGCACUAAAACAAUCAGGACCCGUCCCCCCAACCCAAAGGCAAAGGGAAGCUACCCUCUCGUCUACUGGGUUCAAGUCCAACGUGCAGGCUUUGAGCCAGGGGUCAACAAGAAUUACCACCCCAACCCGUCGCCUCUCACUGCGUGCAACGCCAGCGUGAAAGAGAGUCCAGCCCCUCUCAAUAGAACUGGUACCAGAGCCCUUGCUGUGUGCGUCAAAGUGAUUCCGACUAUAUCUAGCCGGAACUUCUCCACCUCACUCACCAGCUCAGGCUCCUUACCCCCCAAGCUAAGUGAUGUUCCACGUCCCAAGAGCGAGCUUAUAUAACCGAGGAUCGAACCCCCAAGUGUCCUACCUUCGGCUUCCGCCCAGCUCACACUACACCCGAUCUCUAUGGCCCCUCCUAUGGGUGGUGAGCCCAUUGGAGGGGGGGACCCACGUUGCCUCUUCGGGCUGUACCCAUCCUGCCACCAGGCGCUCGCCAUCGUGCCCCACCUCCGGGCCUGACUCCAGAGGGGGGCUCCGGUGAAGGGUAGGGGAAAUCUAAGUCCUUGUUUGUUCUUUUCCUUAAAGGUCUUCGAGUGUGGAUAUUUUGAGAAGGUGACUUUGUUAGAAUAAUGUCACAAUAACGACCAUGCAAUAACACAAAUGCAAAUGACGGUGUGACCAAGCACUAAUGUUGUUGUCUUUUGGAGGACAUGUGGGUCCCAAAGAAUCCACAAAGAAGAAAGAGCACCUAAUGAUGUGUCCUGGGUGUCGUGUUUGAGGAAGUGUGAGGAUGACUCACUGGCUGUCACGUGUCGCCUCGCACUCACAACUCAUGUGUCAGUCUCUCUCCCAGCAGCUAAUUAACGAUCAGCCAUGUCUCUGCUGUGGACGCUCGUCUUUGCAGCGGCCAUGUUGGACGAGGUGCAGUCCUCCGCCCCCGAGCCGUCCGUCCCAGACCGCGUCGUCGCUCUGGCGGGCUCCUGCGUGGUGGUCCCCUGCUCCUUUCCGCCCAAGUCCUCGCCCAGCCCGCCGCCCGCCAAUGAGCGCGUGGAUGUGCGGAUGCGUUACCGCGGCGACGAGCGCUUCCUGUUCCGCCUUUCCCGCACGGCCUACAACAGCGAGGAGACGCGAGCAGUGAGCGCCGACUUCCGUGGCCGGGUGACCGUCGCUGGUCAGGGUUCUGAGGGCGACUGCUCGCUGAGGCUGGACACAGUCAGGGUGGACGACGCCAGGGUCUACGAGGUGUCCCUGAAGACACGUGGGGACUCAACUUGGGGGAGGACCAAGUCUUUCAGCCUCCUUGUCCUGGUCAACCCCGAAGCUCCCGUUAUCAGCGGGGUGUUGUCGGCCAUGGAGGGUCAGGUGGUCACCUUGAACUGCAGCGUGGGCUAUUACUGCCCCUCUUCGCCCCCGACCCUGCGCUGGCAAUGGGGGCGGGGCGUACAUCCACCCGGGGCUCAGGAGGUGCGGACUCUCCAUCCUGACGAGCACUCGCCCGUGUUGCAGGCCUCGCUGACCUUCCGGGUGUCCCAACGGGUCAACGCUGGCCUGCGAUGUGAGCUCAGCUACGCGGGAGCCAAAGCUGUGGUCGCCGCCAACGACCUGCACGUUACAUUUCCUCCCAAAGACGUGACGGUGCAGGUGCAGACCCUGGCCCUGCAGGAGGGGGGCAGCGCCCUGCUGGCCUGCUCGUGCAAAGCUGACCCGCCGGCGUCAGAGUACAGCUGGUCCUACAGCCGACACGGCCGGAUGGUGCACCUGGGCCUUCGCACGCACGCCAUCCGCUUGUACAACGUGACGCGGGGCACGGCGGUCCGCUGUGCGGUCGAGAACCUGGUCGGUCGCGCCGAGUCGCGGACCACCGUCCUCAACGUUCUGUAUAAGCCCGUCAUCCAGAGGGCAUCCUCAGCGUGCGUCGUCGAGCGGCAGGAAGUGUUGUGCCGCUGCUCGGCGGACUCGAACCCGCGGCCGGCUUUCACAUGGAGCAUCAACGGCACAGCCCCGCCCCCGGACUACAACGUGUCGCUCACGGCCGAUAUGCUCACUUCCACGCUGAGGGGCCGCAUGAGCGGGCCCCUGACGCUCACCUGCUCGGCUGUCAACACCAUCGGGAAUGACUCGCUGACGCUGUGGCACGGCGGGCGAGGGCGGGACACGCUUCUGCUGCUCGGCUUUGUGGCGCCCGCAGCGGCCAUCUUGGCGAGCGCCUUAAUCGCCGUGCUCGUUUUCUACUGCUGCAGAAAGAAAGCUGCGACACACGUCCUGACUGGACGUACUGCUGCAGGCCUGGCAGGAGGUUCAGGAGCCAAUCAGGAGUGCACGCCGCUCUACAUCAACUGCACCGAGGUGACCCACGUGUACACCAACGGCAGCUACCAGCUGGUGUACCAGAACUGCACGCCUCACUUUGUGCGCACCAAGCAGGUGCGUCGGAUGGGCAGAAGAGGCGGCGAGCGCAGGCGAAGGGCUCUCGGCGUGCGUGCGGACACACAAGACGCCCCCGGGGACGUGCACGUGGCUGAACCCGAGUCAGCCAUCUACCUGGAGGUCCUCUAGUAUGACCCGUGAACCAGCCAUGACCGGUAAAAACUGCAAAAAUCUGGGACAUGCGGCUAAGACGUUUCACAUGAGCGCACAGCGUGUAUGUGUGUGUGCUUUUAAAAGCUGGGGCCUGUUGCCUAGUGACUCGUGACAUCAUCGAGAGCCGUUUGUCUCUUCAAUUUGUUGAUUUGUUGUUCGAAAAAAAAAAAAUUCAGUCUAAGCCUGGGCCCCCGGAGAGGGGGGCUCCAGACUGAGGCCAAUGGGGAAAAAAACUCAUAGCCAUAGCACACAUAAGCAUGUGUGUAAGAGGGAAACAUCAAACGUCAAAGAACACAAAGGACAUUAAAGACAUUAAAAGAGCAGAGCUGAUGCAACCAGACAUUUCUACAUAGACUUAUACUUAGACUUCCUUUUUAUUGUCAUUCAAAUUUGAUCUUUACAGUACAGAUAAGAACGGAAUUGCAUUGCAUUAGCUCAUGGUAGUGCAGGGAUAAAAAAGCAAUAAGGUGCAGAUAUAAAUAAAUAGAUUACUGUAUAGAUAAAUUGUCAGGUUCUAACGCUGAUGACAUCUAUUAAACAAGACAAGAAGCAAAGAAUUAAACAGAGACAGAAUUAAAUUUGGCUCAAUUGAGGAGAAAGGUCUAGACACUGUACCCUUGCACAGUGUCUCACACUCCUGACAAAAGAUUGUACGCCUCCUCUUUUAUUUGGACUUUCCCUGAUUACAUGGCAACAGCUGUUUCUAAAGGGAUGGGGGUCGUAAACAGCCAUCGCCUUUGAUUACAAACAGUUCAAAGAAAAGGUCGUAAAAGAGUUCAAAGAAGAGGUCGUAAAACAGUUCAAAGAAGAGGUGCCUGGAACUUGGGCAGGCCCUGCUUUCUCUCCGCUUUGUAGUUCUCGGGUCAAGACACAAUCUUUCUGUGGAUUACAAGACAUCAAAGAAACAGAACCCUCAUGUCGCUCCCCAUCCCACACAGUGGAGUUUUACAAGCCUUUUGUUUGGUAGGAUCAAAGACAGCUUUUGUCUUCUCGCCGGGAACUCAUGGCAACACAAAGUUUUGUGAUAACUUAGAUACAAUUAUUCUGACAUAAAUAUAUUGCACUUUUGCAUAUGCAUCCACGUUUAUGGGUGUAUGUUAUAUUGUCUUUAUAUUCCAGCGAGUUAAUCCAUUUUUGGGGGGGAAUUGAGGGGAUACAUACAGCUACAAAAGUUAAAAAAACAACAAAAAAACAUAUACACUGUGGUGGCCUCUGCAGUGUUCCACGCCAUCGUCUGCUGGGGUGGGGGGAGCAGACCCAACAAAGCAACCAAGAGAGCCGCUCACUAACUCUCGGCCAGUGUCCAGUCCGCAAGGAUGAGCAAGGAGACCGAGGUGUCCGACACACGCUCAUUCAGCCAAGCUAUCGUUAACAAGUUAGAUUAUUCAUUACUAGUUACUAUUAUAUAACGCCGUUUAUUACGUAGACUGGCCAUGACCUUGAACCGCUCCUGUCCUCUCCUUAAUCUGAUGGAGAAGAUGAGAAGGUUUGGAGUACACUUUGUCUUCUUUUUAAUCCGCACUUACACACACACACACGCGCAUACACCGGCGCAGAUGUGAUUUGGUCUCCUCUGUGUAGCCGCUGUCAUUUCACGCAAAUGGAUUUUGUGGAGAUGUUUUAUGUUCCCCCGCAGGCGGAAAGCCAUAAAAAGCUUUAUUGACUUUGUGAGCACAUCACAAUGACAAUACACUUUUUUUUAUUGCCAGUGCUGGAAAACGUUCCUCUGCAUGUCAUUAUUAGUAUAAAUAUUGUCAUUACUCAUUAUGUAGGCACUAUUUCAUGAUCACC